AGCUGUCUUCUUCUUGCUCAUCCGUUUAGGUCUCUGCUGGGUCGCCAUUUGACUCACAGCAGUGAACUCUUGGCGUUGGGAGUAUCUCAGGGGAGGAUCAUGUCUGGAGGAAGAGUAGAGGAAGAUGAAGAACGAACUCGUCAGAGGAAGCUUGAAGAAGCCCUCGAAAUCAAAUCGCUUAGGCGGAUUGUCAGUGCAUACCUCAACUAUCCAGAGGCUUCAGAAGAAGACGUGAAAAGAUAUGAAAGAUCAUUCAAUAGGCUCCCGCCUGCCCAUGAGGCUCUACUAUCACACUUUCCCUUGAAGUUUGAGAGACUAAGAAGGUGUAUUUCUACAAAUUCAUAUUUCAUCUUUAACAUGCUUCAGGCAUUUGAACCUCCAAUUGAUAUGAGCCAAGACACUGAUUGUUGCGAUGAUUCAUGCCCUGAUCAUUCCCAUGAUGACCAAUUUUGUUGUAGAGGAGAGAAGAAUGCUAAUGAUCAUUUAUUUUCUCGGGAGAGCAAUGUUUGUGCUUGUGAACCAACCUCAACAAGUGGAAGAAUGUGUUUAGAAUCCAAACAAAUAUGCUGUCCAGAAGGUGCAGUUGACUCGCCUAAGGCAUCAACUAUCAACAAGGAAGUGGAAAAUGGAGUCCAUCACGAUCCUGCUCAUAGGAAUCAUGAUCAACAUCUUGAAGAGAAGGAAGUCACGGAUAAACACAGUGGACACUGUGUUUCUGAUUGCAAUGGCAAUGACUGUUCAUCAUCUCAUGAGUGGCUGGAGCCGUCUCUACAGAUGAAUGUUCCAUUGGUUGAUGUUGAUAAGGUCCGUUGUAUUAUAAGGAAUAUAGUCAGGGAUUGGGCUGCUGAGGGUCAAAAAGAGCGUGAUCAGUGUUAUAAGCCUAUCCUUGAAGAACUACAUUCCCUUUUUCCAGAUCGAAAAAAUGAGAGUCCUCCUGCUUGUUUAGUCCCUGGAGCUGGACUUGGACGACUGGCUCUAGAGAUUUCAUGUUUAGGUUUUAUAAGUCAGGGGAACGAGUUCUCAUACUACAUGAUGAUAUGCUCGAGUUUUAUUCUUAAUCAUACUCAAAAGGUUGGUGAAUGGACAAUAUAUCCCUGGAUCCAUAGCAAUAGCAAUUCACUUUCAGAUAGUGAUCAGCUUCGCCCUGUUUCAAUCCCAGAUAUUCAUCCCGCAAGCAGCGCAGGGAUCACUGAAGGUUUCUCAAUGUGCGGUGGUGAUUUUGUUGAAGUAUACAGCGAUCCAAGCCAAGUAGGACUUUGGGAUGCAGUUGUGACUUGUUUUUUCAUUGAUACUGCUCAUAAUAUUAUUGAAUACAUAGAGGUCAUAUCCAGAAUCUUGAAAGAUGGAGGAGUGUGGAUAAAUCUGGGUCCCCUGCUAUACCAUUUCGCAGAUAUGUAUGGUCAAGAAGAUGAAAUGUCCAUUGAACCAAGUCUAGAAGAUGUGAAGAGAAUUAUAUUGCAUUACGGCUUUGUGUUUGAGAAGGAAAGGACAGUUGAGACGACAUACACAACAAAUCCUAAAUCAAUGAUGCAAAAUCGAUAUUAUGCUGCAUUCUGGACCAUGAGAAAAAAAUCAACUACAGAGAACCCGACUAGUUAAUCGCUCUCCCACAGUGCGCGAGUUCCUACAUUGCUGCAUAGUAUUGUCUUUCUUUUUGUUUUUCUAUUUGUCAGAGAGUUUGCUUAGGAUACAAAAAAAAUUGAAGAUAUUUUUUUUAGUGGUAUUCCAACAUCUAAGUAACCGAUGGUAUCUGCUUGCAGAGUUCUUAAAUUAUCGGAAGUCUUUAUGAGUCGAUCGUUGCAUUCUUUUUCAAGGUGUGUGUGCCUUGAAAAUAUCAAUUUUAACUGUUCCCAGUACAUAUGAUAUUUUGAUGGUGAGCCGUUGUGUACUAUAAAGUUGGAUGUUGGAUCUUUUGACAGGUAGAAAAUGAACCACCAAUAGUGGCAUUGCUCUUU